UAAUGGAUCAAUUGGCUCUCAAGAAACUCGUUAAUAAACUAAUUGAUGAAAAGCUCAAAUUAGUUUGUGAAGAAUGUCGCAAGAAAACUACUUAAAAAAAACUAGGUUAUCAUAAUUUUAACAUUUCCAUUCAACCUUCACCAAUUAAUUUUGAUUUUAGUAUUGACAAUGAAAAUAAGGAAAAUUGUCUCUCUUCUAAUAGAAAUGCUAAUAGAGUCAAAGCAUCUAAAAGUUAAGCUCUUGAUUUAGAACAAUAGAUAUUUAAUGCAGAUAUAAGGUAUAUAUAUAUCUCUAUAUAUUUAUAAAGUGUAAUUAGACCAAUAUCUUAAUUUUCAAGUCCAACUGUUAAAGCUUCUCGAAAAUAAUCUAUGCCUUUUCUCAAAAAGGAAACUUAAACAACGUAUGAGAAAGUUCUCAAAUCAAAAAAAUGA